UAAAAAUUAAAUUAAAAAAAAAAUCACAUUUUUCCAUUUAAUCCCAAAUAAAAGAGAUAGAUCUGAAGUGAAGAAGAAAUUCAAUCCAAAACCCUAAUCUCAGAUCUCAUUCCCAUUUUUUUCGAUCCCUUCAUAUAUACCGAUAGAUUGAUAUAUACAUAGAUAUACCAAUAGAUUUAUAUAUUUAUAUAUAUAUAUAUAUAUAUAUUGCUGGAGAGAAGGGUUAGGGUUUGAGUUGUUUCACAUACAUGAUGAUGAUGGAUGAUCACUCGAAUCAUCAGAGGCGAAACGGUUUGCUGUUGCCGGAGACCUGUUCGCACUUGACGGAGUUCCGAUCGCGGCACGGUACGACGCCGUUCCGAGCUUUGCAGGACUGCCUUAGGGUUCGGCCGCCGCGCACGGCGGCGAUCCGCCGUGACCCUAACGAGGUACCGCGAUGCGGUUCUUGCGGCCUGUAUGCUCCGGCGAGGCUCUAUUUAUGCGUAUCGUGCGCCGCCGUCAACUGCUACGUCCACGCCUCCGCUCACGCGACGGCGACGGCGGCGGAGGGCCACGGGAUCGCGGUGGACGUCGAUCGAGCUGAGCUGUUCUGCUGCUUGUGCCGGGACCAGGUCUACGACCGUGAUUUCGACGCCGCCGUGGUCCUCGCGCUGACCGCCGCCUCGACGCUUGGUGGCGGAUCGGCUGGGCUUCGGAAGCGGCGGCGCGUGGAUUAUCGGCCGUGGACGCCUGAUCCGAUCGAGAGCACAUUGGUGGUGAGAAAUUCAAGCCGGUUGAAUGGAGAAUCGUCUUCGGAACUACCGUGGGGGUUGAGAGGUCUUAACAAUCUCGGGAACACUUGUUUUAUGAACUCUGUGUUGCAAGCAUUGUUUCAUAGUGUGCCUUUGAGGAACUAUUUCAUGAGCGAUCGGCAAAAUCGGCACUCUUGUCAUCAGAGGAAUGGUGUCAAGAAUUCGAGGCUAUGUUUGGCUUGCGACGUGGAUGCAAUGUUUUCAGCUGUGUUUUCCGGAGAUCGGAUGCCCUAUAGCCCUGUAAAAUUUCUAUACAGUUGGUGGCAACAUGCAGCUAACCUGGCAAGCUAUGAGCAACAGGAUGCGCAUGAAUUUUUCAUUUCCAUACUUGAUGGAAUUCAUGAAAAGAUGAGAGACAAAAGAAAGCCCCACAGUCAAGACAAUGGAGACUGUUGUAUUGCACAUAGAGUGUUCUCUGGCGUCUUGCAAUCCGAUGUCAUGUGUACUGCAUGUGGUUUUACGUCAACAACGUAUGAUCCAUGUGUUGACAUCUCAUUGGACUUGGAACCAAAUGGGGCAUCAACAAAAUCCCUUCAUUCCUGUAAUGGCGAGGCAGAUUCCAUGAAUUCAAGCCAAAACUGUGGAAUAGCUACCCUGACGGGGUGUUUGGACCGCUUUACAAGACCUGAGAGAUUAGGUUCUGACCAAAAGUUUUUCUGCCAACGGUGUCGAGUGAGACAGGAAUCUCUCAAACAGAUGUCUAUAAGGAAGCUUCCAUUGGUUUAUUGUUUUCACAUCAAAAGAUUUGAGCAUUCUCCGAUCCGAAAAAUGUCAAGAAAGGUUGACCGCUAUUUACAAUUCCCAUUUUCCUUAGACAUGACACCUUAUCUUUCUUCAUCUAUCUUGAGAAGUCGAUUUGGAAACAGAAUAUUCUCUUUUGAUGGGGAUGACCCAGAUGCUUCCACUGAGUUGUCUUCGGAGUUUGAGUUGUUUGCUGUCAUCAGUCACAAAGGCAAACUAGAUGCUGGCCAUUAUGUGACUUAUUUGCGGCUAAGGAAUCAAUGGUACAAGUGCGAUGAUGCUUGGAUUAGUCAAGUUAAUGAAGACGUUGUGAGGGCUGCACAAGGAUACAUGAUGUUCUACGUGCAGAAGAUGCUUUAUUACAAAGAAAGUGAAAACCCAGUUGAAUCAUGAUAUGCCUACAGAAACUGAGUUUGUGGGUAAAACAAUUUGAUUGGGGGACAUGGUUAAUGCAGUUAAUGAAGAAAAUGGCCAUUGUCGUAUACCGAUACCCGCAAAAACCAGUGUCAUUGAGUUGUUGGCAUCUUCAGUAGGAAGAACAUGCAGCAGCUCCUUCAGCGCUCCAAGUACAUUUUUGAGAGGUAAUUUGUAUAUCUUUUGACUCUUUGUUGAAGCGUAAACUGAGCCUGAAUUUUUGAGGCAUUCUCCUGCAUUCAGAAGUUUUUUGACAUAAAAGUAUGGAUUCCGUUUUAAAAAAGAACAGAAAAAAAGGAAAAUGAAAUAGAAAAGAAUCGGUUUAGUUGAUUCAUUUUUUCUCCCCAUUCUAGUGUUGUUUGUGGGUUGAUUCUUUCUGUUCUGUGUUUUUUUUUUUUUUUUUUUUUUUUUUUUUUUUUUUUCUUCUUCCUCUUUUUGGAUGGAUUUUCUGGAGUUGCAACGCCUGGAGCUGUUGUUUGCUGAUGUACUAAUUCCAUACAUGGCAUGUCCAUGUUUCAAUCUGAAUUUUAGAGAUCUAUUGAACAAGCACUGGCUUUUCCUCUUC